UUUGAGAGUUGUUUAGUAUUUUUGCAACUUUUGCUCCGUUCAGAAGUUUUUUUAUAGAAUUUUUUUUUGUGAAUUAAUUGAUUUUUUUCGUCAAACCAUCAUGACUAAGUUAGUUUUGUAUCAUUGUGCUCCGUCACCGCCAUCCCGUGCUGCCUUAUUCACGAUUCGUUAUCUCGGAUUGGAAGCUGAGGUCAAAAAUAUCAAUUUAUUCGCCAAGGAGCAACUUGAGCCGUGGUUCGUGGCAAUUAAUCCGCAACACACGACGCCAACGUUAGACGACAAUGGCUUUUACCUUUGGGAGUCUCGUGCGAUUUGCGCUUAUUUGGCCAAUAAAUAUGCACCGGGCAGCGAUAUUUAUCCGAAUGACGCCAAUUUGCGUGCUGUCGUCGAUCAACGACUCUAUUUCGAUGCAACGACGCUCUUUCCACGAACACGUCAAAUUGCCUUUAAUGCAUUAUUCCUCGGCGAAUCGGUCAUCACGGAGGAGAAGAAACGUGUUCUUUUCGAGGCAUUUGCUUGGCUAAAUGGCUUCCUACAAAAAACUAAAUUUGUCGCUGGAGAUAAGCCAACAAUUGCUGACUUGAGCAUCGUUGCAACAAUGUCCGGAAUGAUUCAUCUUGGAGCUCCUUUGAAAGAUUAUCCGAACAUCGAACGUUGGUGGCAAGAUUGCAAAUCCUUCCCCGGCUUCGAAGAAAAUGAUGAGGGGGCGAAAUUCUUCGCUUCGAAGAUUAAGGAGAAACUUACUCAAGUCGGAGGAGUAGCUGAAAUCGUCAAUAAGGAAAAAUAUAAAGAAAAGUUGAUAGAAGGCAUCGUUCGUGAGUUGGAGCAAAAAGGAGUGACGGGAAAUGCCUUUAAAUUGAAUGAUUUUGCAACAAAUAUAACCAAAGAAUAUCACGGGUACUUAUUUGACGGAAAUUGCACCUUUUACGAUGGAUUUGUGCCUAGAAUUGAGGAAAUCACAGGUCCUCAUUACGAAAGUCACCUCAAUUAUGACAACAUCAACCAAACGCAUGCAAUUCUCGGAUUCAACUUCCGAUUAGCAAAACUCCACACAAUUUACUUCAUCGAAUGCGCUUUCACGGAUUUAAGUGACGCAGGAACCAUUGAACUCGUUUUCGACGAAGUUCAUUUCAGCGUUCUUGUGAUCAAAAAUUUAGAAACUAACGAAAUUGUGGAUUCUGUAAAGUUUUACAACACGGGCUCGGAUUAUCAGAUGGGAGUGAGAGCUCAUCCGUAUCACGAACACAUGCAAGUUGUCGCUUCUCAGAAAGCGAAAUACAAACCGAUGAUCAUCGAGUCUUUUGGGCAAUGGAAUCCAACUUUUGAAGAAUUUCUCUCAAAAUCCGUGACAAAAGUGACGUUUCCUGAAUCAAAACAUUCAUCGACCGACUUUUUUUUCGUUUUAAUCGCCCGUAGCAUGUCACAGAAGAUGAUUCCCAAACUUUGGUACAUGUUAGAAGGUCCUCCGUCACGCGCCGUACUUUUAACCAUCCGCAAUUUGCGAUUGAAUGUCAAGUUGAAGCUGUGUCGCACAUAUUUGAAAGAACACUUGGAUCCGCUGUUCACUCGUCGAAAUCCGCUUAAAACGGUGCCAUUUUUGGAUGAUAACGGAUUUUAUUUGACAGACUCGCAUGCCAUAACACAGUAUCUGGUCGAGACAAAAGCGCCGGCGAGCACGUUAAUAGGUCAUUCGCCGCAACAAAAGGCAACGUUGAACGACAGACUGUACUUUGAUAACCUACUGUUCCAUAAAACGCGGGCCAUUAUUGUUCCCGUUCUCCGUGGCUACACAAAAGAAGUUCCCGCAGGCAAGGCGGAGGAUUUGCACGAUACCUUAAGCGUUCUCGACACAUAUUUAAACAACGGAAAAUGGGUAGCUGCUGACCAUUACACAAUCGCCGACUUCCAUGUACUGCCAACAGUGACGAAUAUUCAAGCAAUCGGCAUGAAAAUGGAUCAAUAUUCGAACAUUAUGGAAUGGUUGGAGCGAUGCAAAGCUAUUCCCGGCUACGACGAGAACAUGGAGGGGGCAAAACUCAUGGGAGAGCGCUUCGCCAAAGCACUUGAGGGCACAAACAAAGAUGAAUUUGUCGAGAAUGUCGCUUGAAAUGGACUUUAUUUG